CGUGGUGAGAGUUGAGCAUUGAACCUCCGCGCGCGGGACACAGCCAAGAUGAUUCAAUUAAAGACAAUGCUUAACUGCAUCGACAACUCGGGCGCUGCCCUUGUCGAAUGCGUCUUGGUCGUCGGCCAAAAACGACAUGCCCGAAUCGGUGACCGUGUUGUCGUCGUCGUUCAGGAGCAGCGUGGUAGCUCCUCCGGUGGUAUGGCCGGUAUCUCUGCCGCCAACAAGGUCAAGCGAGGUGAUAUCCGUCACGCCGUCGUCGUCCGAACCCGAUACCCUACACAACGCCGAGACGGCUCAGUCGUCAAGUUCGACGACAAUGCUUGUGUGCUGCUGAACAAGGCUGGAGAUCCCGUGGGAUCACGUAUCAACGGUGCUGUUGGCGCCGAGCUGAAGCGCAAGAAGUGGAGCAAGAUUCUGUCAAUGGCGCCUAUGCAGGCAUAAAGAAUUGACAAGGAGUUUAGGUGGAUGGGUGGUUAUUUACAAAAGACAGGAUAGAUCAGAGGGAAUGGAUUGGCUGCAUACAGCCGUGUACGAGUGGAAUACUGUACAAUUACGAAUAUUACUACAUGGCAUUUGCGAGGCGUUGAUACGAAAAUACAGACACCUUUCAGCUCUCAAAA